AACAGCUAGAUUAUUGAAUUUUAAAAGAUCGUUCUAGUUAUGAGCUGGUCAAUAGUCAUCGCCGGCUCAUCGUCCUCAACCCUUUCCUGAAUAUAAAGACAGAAGGAUUGGAUUCUUGUGCAAGUUUACGAAGAAAACAUGGCCGCAGCGGAAAUGGGUUUCCUAAAAGAGUAUGGAUACGUUGCUCUGGUUCUUGUAGCCUAUUGUUUCCUCAAUUUUUGGAUGGGUGCGCAGGUGGGCAAGGCCCGCAAGAAGUACAAGGUUCCGUAUCCUACUCUUUAUGCUAUAGAAUCUGAAAACAAAGAUGCCAAGCUCUUCAACUGUGUCCAGAGAGGGCACCAGAACUCGCUAGAGAUGAUGCCGAUGUUCUUUGUGUUGAUGGUAUUAGGAGGAUUUAGGCAUCCCUGUCUCUGUGCUUCUCUUGGAGGCCUCUACAUCAUCACUCGUUACUUCUAUUUCACUGGCUAUGCCACUGGAGAUCCUCAGAAACGUCUCAGCAUUGGGAAAUAUGGAUUCUUGGCUUUGUUAGGACUUAUGGGGUGCACUAUCUCAUUUGGCGUUGGUCUUCUUCGAGGAUAAUUUCUUGUUUCUGACAUGACUAUGGGUUGUUUCCUGUAAUCUCUCAUACCUAUCCUUCUUAAAACUGUUUGGCUGCCUGUUGAAUAAGUGCAAAGCCUUUGUUAAAGACAGAUAUUCUCAAUGUAAAAUGUUUUCUUGAGACGCACUUUUGGACAUCGAUAAAAGUAUUAACCUUAGAUGGUUUCUCAA